AAUUUAUAUUAAAAAAAUGGGAUUCGGCACAAAUCCAAUUUAGAAUUAGAAUCAUGAAGAUAAGAGUUAAUAUGGAAUAACAGGUAGACCUUAAUAGAAUGAUGUCCAUUCAAUUUAUGUAAAAGGAUCGUCACCAUGGUGGAAUAGAUGGUGGGCUACUCGUGAUAUGUUUUAAGAGCAUCAUUGGGAAGUUCUGUAUAUAAUAAAAAUUAAAUAUAUUUAGAACAUGUGCUAAAUUUGCUUUUAAAGGUGCUCUUACUGCAAUAUUAAUUGGUGCUACUUACCAAUUUAAACAAUUAUCAGUUAAUGCAUUAGAAGUCAAUAAAGGAAGAGUUUUUGCAAGUAAAAAUGCAUUUACAGGUCCUGUAUUUCUUGCUCUUAAAUAAGCAUCAAGACAUGGAACACUUGGUGCUUUAUUUGGAGUUACAUACUUUUUUUGGUUUUAUUAAUUAGUUUGUUCAAGAGGUCAUGAACAUACAUUUAAUAGAUACGUUUAUGGUCAUGCUGCAUUUGGAGCAGCUUUAGCAGCAUUUUUCAGUAUUAGAAGAGCUGGUAUUGGUGCUAUACUUGGAGGUACAAUAGGUAUAUACUCUAAAAAUAUUUUAGGAUGGAUUUAUUAUAAUACAGCACAUGGAAAUUUAUAAAUUGGAAAUAAAGCAGAAGAAGGAAUUAAUUUUGAAUUCAAGGGAUUAACACCAUAAUAAAGAGAAGUUAUUAAAUAGAGAGAUUUGAUUAGUCAUUUGAGUAGAACACCAGAAUUCAAAUUAAAUUUAUUCAAUAAAGUAUGAAAAUUACAAACAUAUAAUAUAAUAAUUUAAUAUAUCACUCAAG